AUGGAUGCCGUUUUCCAGCCCGCGGCCGACGCGCUCGGUGCACCCGUCGAGCAGCUCAAGCUCAUCUUCUGCUUGCUCGUCUCCUACCCGCUCGGUAGUGUAUUCAUACGCGUCCCCGGAAAGACUCUGAAGCAUGUCUUCAAUCUUAUCGUCGCGGGCACCUACCUCAUCCCCCUCCUCAAUCUAUACGGAGGAACACUGGAACUAUUGGCGGACGUGCUGGUCACAUAUUUCCUUGCGCGGGCAAUGAAAAACCGCAAAAAUAUGCCGUGGAUCGUAUUUUGGGUAAAUAUGGCGCAUCUUACCCACAACCAUGUCAUGCGCGUCGUUCUCGAAAGAGAGGACGCGCCGUUCGACAUUACCGCCUGCCAGAUGGUACUUGUUAUGAAACUUACGACCUUCGCUUGGAAUGUCUAUGAUGGUGCGCGUCCAGAAGAAGAGCUGGACUCGUGGCAGAACAAGAUGGCUGUUCGGGAAUACCCAAGCAUCCUUGAGUUUCUUGGAUACGCCUUCUACUUCCCUGGUAUCCUCGUCGGUCCCUACCUCGAGUAUCGCGCAUACAUCUCUCUUGUCGACGGCUCUCUCUUCCGUAUCCCAGUAGAACCUGUCACUUCCGCAUCAUCUCCAGCCAUCUCCCGCGUGUCGUCCUCGACAUCCAUCUCUGGUACCCGACGCGCGAUACCUGACGGCCGGAAACGUGUCGCCUAUGGCAAAGGGUUGCUCGGCCUCGUCUUCUUGAUCACAUAUGUGGUGAUGGCUGGUAGCUAUAGCGCACCCGUAAUGUUGCAACCAUGGUUCCUGCAGAAGCCGCUCUGGUACCGCAUCGGAUUUAUGCAAGCUUGCCAGGUCAUCGCGCGCACCAAGUAUUAUGGCGUGUGGACCCUUACUGAGGGCGCCGCGAUCCUGACCGGGUUUGGCUUCACUGGCUACACGCCAUCUGGCAAGUCGACUUGGCACGGUGCUGCAAACCUGGACGUCCUCAACGUCGAGUUCGCACCCAACUUCAAAGUAUUGUUGGAUAGCUGGAACAUGAAGACGAAUACUUGGUUGCGCGAGUGCAUCUACAAACGUGUCACGCCCAAGGGCAAGAAGCCGGGUUUCAAGAGUAGCAUGCUGACCUUCGGCACAAGUGCUUUCUGGCACGGCAUCGCACCCGGAUACUACAUGUCCUUCCUAUACGGCGGCUUCGUCCAAACUGUGGGUCGCCUCGCUCGUGGUUUCAUUCGCCCACUGGUUCUCCCUGUACCGAACGCGGCGGAGUCAUCGAAGAAAGCGGUCUCCCCGCCCCCUACUGCGCUGAAGCGCGCUUACGAUCUUAUCGGCAUACUCGUGACGGCGCUGAUCCUGAACUUUGCCUCCGUACCAUUCAUCCUGCUCAAUCUUCACGAUUGUCUCGAGGCAUGGCGGCGCGUGAACUGGUACGGGUUAUGGAUUAUCGGCGGCGCCUUCGCGUUCUUCUACGGUGGCGGGCGCGCAUGGCUUAAGCGCGUCCAGACUCUGCGCAUCAAGAAAGCUGCCGGUGUUGUGCCGCCCUCUCAGGAGAAGAAGGGCGAUGAGUACCCGCAGAUGCAGGUACCGCCUGUCGAUGCCGGUAUCAAAGAAGUCGAGAAGAAACUGCCGGUACUGUAG